AAAAUCAAUAAAAUUCGAACAUAGGUUGAAUUUGACCCUCAAGGCUCUUGCAUGAAAAACAGCAUGAAAAGUCUGCUGUUUUUCUAAAGUUCAUCUCUGUCAGAGUUUCUGAUCGAAAAUGAUGAACCAGACAUGCAUCUGAUGGAAAUCCUUAGGUAUAUUUUUGGAAUACUUUGUAUCCUCUGUUCUACUGAUGGUGUUAGCAACACAAAGAUAAAGAUAAUUGAUGAACCAUUUUCACUAAACCAUGCAGGGAUAAAUGUACAGAAUAUUGCUCCCCUUGAGAAAGAAAUUGUUUCAAAAGUCAAGCCAAGGAAGAUUUCAGGUCCACCUCAUCUGUUCGAAUUGUCUGGAAAAUGUUUUAUUCUUCAAAAAUCAAGCUACAAAUAUGAGUUUUGUCCUUUUCAAAAUGUCACACAAAGAGAAUUAUCAUACAGAUGGAAUUCUUUUCAAGGGGUCUUAGGGAUUUGGAGAGAAUGGAAUAUCAUUAACAACACAUUUCAUUCAAUGUUAAUGACUGAUGGAGAAAGUUGCAUUGGACAUGGAUACAGAGAAGUGAUGGUACUUUUCAGAUGUGGUGAUGAAAACAAAGUAAUCGACAUAGAUGAGCCCAAAACCUGUAGAUAUAACCUGACAUUUCAGACUCCAUUGGCAUGCCCGCUCGAUGUCUUCAUGGUUUAUCCUACUCUAACUGAUCUUGGCAAGGAGCAAUGGGCUGAAAUCGAGCACAGAUACCACGAGAAAGAGUUGACUUUGAAAGGCUACCGAAAGAAGAGAACAGAUUUGUUUAUCAGUGAAGGCCUAAAGCACAACGAGGCUGAUGACGAGCAACCUAAACUGUCGAGUGAUGGACAGGUCGAAGCAGCCAAGACAGAAAAGACUGCCGAGCUACAUGAUUACCGUAUAUUUGGAAGACAUGAAUGUAUUCAGAAAUAUGGCGAGCUUUUGAGGGAAGUUGAGUUGUUGAGAGCAAAAUUGAAGGAAUUAGAAGCGAAAAGUGGAUCUACGAGAUUGAACAAUUCAACUGAGUCCGUUGAAAAGAAAGAGUAUGGUAAUGGAGUUAACUUGACUAGGCCGAAAGGUGAUACCACUGUAACUGCCAACAUUGGAGUUGGCAAAGUGGAAGCUGCUUCUGUCACAAGGGUGAUGAGAAAAGGAGACGAUGGGAGUGACAACAUAAAUCAUCCGAGGAACUUGAAGAAGUAUGGAAGAAGGGGAGAUGACGGUACGAUAGGUGAAAGGAAAAUGGGGGAGAAUUCAAUCAGCAAAAAUGGAAUGAAAUUUUUACAUUCUAUGGAGACAGUGAGAAAGAAAGUGAAGCUCACAGAAAAGGAGCAGGAGAAAAGAGAUAAAGAGAUAGCGCAACAGCAUGCAGUGAACCACAGGGUUCAUUAAAUUAAUUUUGUAGAAUUUGUAUUAAAGGAAUUUGUAAUGUAGGAUUUUUAUUGAGGGGGUUAUAAUUCGUCUUUAUUAUUGAAAAGAUUCAAAUCAAUUA